AGGCCGCUCAGUCUACCUGCUGCUGUAAGCUACACCCUGACCAGGAGCAGAGGAGCACACCUGGGAGAGAGAGACACAGAGACACCAAGGGGGAGGGGGGCAGGUAGACCAGAGAGAUAGAGAUAGCAGGCGGGGUGGAUUGGUGGGUGGAGCGUCCGAAGCUCAGCAGGGACGGGUUGAACUGGUUUUCCCUCUCAGGCUACAUGCGACUCGCUCUCCUCACAGGAACACGCCUCGCUCGCCCAGACGGCCCAGAGAGCAGGGAAGGGCAGGGAGUUGUUUCCCUCUCUUUAGUUUAUCUGGAUCUGACGGCUACUUGAAGCACAGCCAUGCCCGAAGAGGAGUUCUACGGGAAGAAUGGUGAGCCCCGCAAGUAUGACCCCACCUUCAAAGGCCCGAUCCACAGCAGGGGCUGUACGGACAUCGCCUGCUGCGUCCUCUUCAUCGUGGCAAUACUAGCCUACGUGGCGGUGGGGAUCCUGGCCUGGUCCCAGGGCGACCCCAGGAAGGUGAUCUACCCCACGGACAGCAGGGGGCAGUUCUGUGGGCACGCGGGCACCCCUCUGGAGAAGAAGCCUUUGCUGUUCUACUUCAACAUAAUGAAGUGUGCCAGUCCCAUGGUGCUGCUGGAGUUCCAGUGUCCCACGACGCAGAUGUGUGUGGCAAAGUGUCCUGAUAAGUUCAUGACGCUGGUGAAGGCUCGCCUCAUCCCCUCUGAGUUUGAGUACUACAAGCAGUUCUGCAAGGAGGGGGUGACCAACCAAAUGAGUGUUCCUGAUAUCCUGAAGGGAGGUCUAUGCCCGGCCAUGUUAACCCCCAGCAAGUCCUUCACUAGGCGGUGUUUCCCUGCCCUGGCUGGGAAGGACGGCUCCAUCACGGUGGGGAACAGCUCCAGGUUCGACGACGGGACCGGGACCAUAAGGGAGGCCAAGGACCUGGUGGACGGGGUCAAGAACGCCACGGUGGUGAUGGAGGCACGGCAGGUGGUCAUGAAGGUGUUUGAGGACUACACCCACUCCUGGUACUGGAUCCUGCUUGGUCUGGUGAUCGCCAUGCUCACCAGCCUCCUCUUCAUCGUCCUCCUGCGCUUCCUGGCGGGCAUUAUGGUCUGGGUGAUGAUCGUCAUGGUGAUCCUGGUCAUCGGCUACGGUAUCUUCCACUGCUACAUGGAGUACGCGGCACUGAAGGGGGAGGCGGGCUCUGACGUCACCCUGAAGGACCUGGGCUUCCAGACAGACAUCACCGUGUACCUGCAGAUCAGACAGACAUGGCUGGCCUUCAUGAUCAUCCUGGCCAUCGUGGAGGUGGUCAUCAUCCUCAUCCUCAUCUUCCUCAGGAAGAGGAUCCUGAUCGCCAUCGCCCUGAUCAAGGAGGCCAGCAGAGCCAUCGGUCACGUGAUGUCGUCCCUCUUCUACCCCCUGUUCACCUUCCUGCUGCUGGCCAUGGUGAUCGCCUACUGGGCCGUCACCGCUGUUUUCCUGUCCACCUCCAACGAGCCGGUGUACAAGGUGUUCAACGAGACGGAAUGCAUGCACUCCAGGAUGAACUGUGAACCUGCCAACUUCUCCACCAGCGCCAUGAAGGCGGACUGCCAGGACUCGGAGUGCCUGUUUGCGUUCUAUGGCGGGGAGACGGCGUACCACAAGUACCUGAUCGGCCUGCAGUUCUACAACGUCUUCCUCUUCUUCUGGUGCGCCAACUUCGUGACGGCGUUGGGCCAGAUGACGCUGGCCGGGGCCUUCUCCUCCUACUACUGGGCCUUCGUCAAGCCCGACGACAUGCCCGCCUUCCCCGUGUUCGCCGCACUGGGCCGUUCCCUCAGGUAUCACACAGGUACUCUGGCGUUCGGCUCGCUGAUCCUCUCCAUCGUCCAGAUCAUCAGAGUCCUGCUGGAGUACAUUGACCACAAACUCAAAGGAGCACACAACAAGUGCACCCGCUUCCUGCUCUGCUGCCUCAAGUGCUGCUUCUGGUGUCUGGAGAAGUUCGUCAAGUUCCUCAACAGGAACGCCUACAUCAUGGUGGCGAUCUACGGUAAAAACUUCUGCACCUCAGCCAAAGACGCCUUCUUCCUGCUGAUGAGGAACAUGAUCAGGGUCGCUGUUCUGGACAAGGUGACAGACUUCCUGCUGUUCCUGGGCAAGCUGCUGAUCGUGGGGAUAGUUGGGAUCUUUGCCUUCUUCUUCUUCUCCGGCCGUGUGAAGGCGUUCGAGGACACCGCGCCACACCUGCACUACUACUGGGUGCCAAUCCUGACGGUGGUGGUGGGCUCCUACCUCAUCGCCCACGGGUUCUUCAGCGUCUACGCCAUGUGUGUGGACACCCUGUUCCUCUGCUUCUGCGAGGACCUGGAGCGUAACGACGGCUCGGCGGAGCGGCCGUACCUCAUGUCCUCCACGCUGCACGACAUCCUGUGGGAGGACAAGGAGCUGCCGGAGAGCCAAGGGGUCGAGGAGGAGGGGGACCCCCCGCCCAGUGAAGCACAGAUCUAACACCGGGGGGGGUUAGGGGACGAUUGGGCGUGUCUGGGAGAGACGGCGCUUUAGAUGGAAGAGGAGACGUGGAGCAGAUGACAUCACUUCCUUUUUGGGGGUCUUAACGAAGUCAUGAUUUGAUUGGUGGAGAGCUCUGUCCACCAGGACGGGGUUAGGGGUCUGUAUCAGGGGGUCCCCCUGUCUCCAGGCCAUCUGCAUUGGGGUGGGGGGGGACUCUGGAUAGGGGGGCUGAUACGAGGUCACCAUGGAAUCCUUCUGGUGGUCUUAGUUUCGCUGCUAGUUGUUUCGUAGCCGCUGAAAAAAGCUUUAUUUUUGAAUUGCAAGAUCAGCUAAUUGAUCAACUAGGAGACAUGAGUGCAGUAAUAAUCAGUUCAUCACUGCAGUGUUGAACUGAUCGAUUAAGUUCCAGUGCCUUGGACCAAUAGGAGCCUGAAGCCUGACGUGCCUGUUUAAAGUCUCCGUCCUGUUUACAAUCAAUACUCUGGUUGUCUGUCUCCCACUGCGCUGCUACUUUACUAUGUUUUCUAAGCACGAGUUCUCGGCCAUAGUGGUUUUGUAUCUUAUGAACACUUCAACGUUAGCACUAGAGUUUAGUAGUGAUCACUCUGAUCAACGUUGGCUAGCGAUGCUAAGCUCCGCCUUUUUGUUUGGGUUGCCGUCGACCGUGUUCGUAGUGAAGUUAUCGGUACUGAUUUGCAUUAAAAGAGAUCCAUGUCAAUAGCAAAUCACUCAUUCAAUUAAUGUUAUUAUUGUAUAUAUUGUCUAAUUUAAUAAAGAAAUGUAGAUUGGAUCCAAAUCAAGGUAACAUCUCUUUUGUAGUUUGUCUUAAUGCUUUCAAAAGGUUAUUUUAAUGUUUGCGUGAGAAAGAACCUUUGUUAAACCCUCUUAAAGCUUGAUUUGUUCUCUGUUCAGUCUAAGCCGCUCAUCCUCCUCUUCUGUGUCUCUCAGUGGAGGAUCUGGAGCGGAACGACGGCAGCGCAGAGCGGCCGUAUCUGAUGCCAGAGAGCCUCCGCAAGACCCUCAACAAGAAGAACAAGACGCCGCCGGCGGAGUAGAGCGCCCUCUGCUGGCCGGGUGGCGGACAUUUUAAUCCAGCUGUUCGGUUUUUCUUUUUUUUCUUUUUUUUUUGAAAGCGGAGAUUUAUUGCUGUUGGCAACAAGUGCCUGCUUUUGACAAUCGGCAGUCACUCGUGUUUUAAUGUCUGACCUGAAUCUGUCGAGACUUUGUGUGCCUACAGCUGCCGCCGCUAGGGGGAGACAAAGGGACGUCCCUCCGGUCCCACCGAGUCCCCGCGUCCCUCCUGCUGUUCUGUUGUUUUAAUGCGGCCCGGUGUUCAGUGUCAUAGUUGUGGAGGUGAAUUUGAGUUUUUGAAGGCAAUUAACAGUUGAAUACGGUUUGGUGUGUUUAUAUUCCUGUUUAUUAAAGGAUUAGUUGUUUAUUUAACCAUGAUAUAUUUGAAUUAUUUUGGAGAUAGUUAUGUUACAAACAAAGCUUGUAAUGGAACUCGCUUUUUUAAAUUUGUUUUGCUGUUUAAAUAACCUUCCUUAAAUCAGGUUAAAUAUUUAUCCUGUUGAUACCAAAUAUUUUUGUAAUCUGUGCCAAAGAGUUACUGCCGACCUCCAGGAAACGGGGUCAUAGCUGGGAGGUCAAAGGUCAACAUAAGUGUAGGGAGACCGUAAUGCUGUAAGCUUGAUGUUAGCUAUGUGUGUGUUUUCCUGUGGAGUUUUGUUCAGCAUGUUUCUGAAAUAAAACCUUUUUUUUACUGCUGA